GGUGCCGAGCUCGACGCCAAGGACUCGUGGGACGACACCCCCCUGCACAUGGCGGCCCGCGCUGGCCACGAGAAGGUGUGCGCGCUGCUGACUCGGCGGGGCGCCGAGCUCGACGUGGCCAACGCGCAGUCAGGACCCCGCUGGUGGUCGCCGCCCAGGCGGGGCACCUUGCCGCCUGCCGCGCCCUGCUCGCCGCCGGCGCCGGCGCGGGCGAGCUGCCGGGGGAGGACCGAGCUGCCGCCCCUGCUGCAGGAGCUCCGCCCGGGGCUGCGGGAGGAGAGCCUGCGGGCGGCCUCUCGAGGACAGCCGCCGCCGUGGAGGAUUUCGAGGAGCACAUGCGCUGGACCGGUGCGACGCCGACCGACGAGGACCGACUCCGUCGACCGCGGCCUCGUGGCAGAGUGACGAGGACUGACACUUGGACAACGUACGCAUGAUGUGUGAGAGCAUGGGCAACGCGUACGCGUCUGGUGAGUAUGAUCGUGUCGACCAUCUGCCUGCUGGAUGACUGGGAGGACCGCAUGCGGUCCGUGGGCAGCGGUUCGGGCAUGUGAGCGGGGGACCGCAGCGGCUCUCGAGCUGCUCCCACCCCCCCUGUCUGGCGGGCAUUCGCUCCUCCCACCCGUCCGCGCGCAGGGGGAGGCGGAU